AUGACAGUGGAUACAUUUGAUGGUACAGACUACAACACUAACAAUACAUCACAAGUUCCAAUCGAGUACACGGAGCCUGUAUUCAAAAAAGGCAGAGUUUACAAAGGCAUUUAUUGUCCGACGCUCACCAACAGUUUUCGAGAACCCAGUCUGGAGCUAUCGUAUCAGAGAUACUCGCACAGACAACGGCAGAAGUCCUUAAUCAUCGUUAAUUUCGUCGACAUGACACUUAAAGCAGUCUUAGCCGGUGUGUGGCUGUUGCCGACCUACCACGAGCCGUACCACAGCCAAAGGGCUAUAUGGACGUGUCUGACAAUGUUCGCCAAUCUCACCGUGUGUCUGCUCGGUUGGUGGAAAUGCUUCGCCAACAACUACCUCCAGUGGGCAGCGGUUUUCACGUGGUGUUUCAUCAACGUACAAGGUUUCGUGUGGGAGAGUUAUGGCCAAGGAUCUAGAGAAUAUCUUGUGUGGUACGUGUUGUUCAUCGUUUUCGUUACUUAUGCUAUGCUACCGCUUCCACUGAGAUGGUGCAUACUGGCCGGUUGUUCGACGGCAUUGUUACACAUACUCAUCACGAGUUACACGAAAUCGUCGAAAGAAAAAAAUAGACUGUGCGUCGUUCGCCAGCUAACCGCAAUGAGUUUGUUGUACGCUGCCGUCAACUUUGCCGGAAUGUAUACAAAGUACUUAACGGACCGAAGUCAACGAAAGGCGUUUUUGGAAACGCAUAGGUCCACCGAAGCCCGGUUCAAGACUCAAAAGGAAAACGAACAACAAGAAAAACUUUUACUUUCGGUUUUACCGGAUUUCGUGGCUAGGGAAAUAAUUAAAGACAUCGCUUCUGAAACGGACAAAGGGCCUUUUAUGCCAAAUCAAUUUCACCGAAUCUACAUUCAUCGCUACGAAGACGUCAGUAUUCUUUUUGCCGACAUCAAAGGUUUUACAGAAUGGGCGAGUCGUACUUGUGCUCAAGAAUUAGUCAGAGUAUUGAACGAUCUAUUCGCUAAUUUCGAUAAACUAGCUGCGGAAAACCACUGUCUUCGUAUCAAGCUUUUGGGCGAUUGUUAUUAUUGUGUAUCAGGCCUUCCUCAAACUAGACAAGAUCACGCCGUGUGUUGUGUAGAAAUGGGUUUGCAUAUGAUAAACGCGAUCAAGGAAGUGAGAAAUAAAUUGAACGUCGAUCUAAACAUGCGCAUCGGAAUACAUUCCGGGUCGGUUCUUUGUGGAGUCUUAGGACUUAGGAAGUGGCAGUUUGACGUAUGGUCUUACGACGUGACAUUGGCCAAUCACUUGGAGUCUGGCGGAAUACCUGGACGUGUUCACAUAUCUAAGGCUACUCUGGAUUGCUUAGAAGAAGCCUACGAUACGGAACCCGGUCAUGGGGAAAAUCGCGACGCUUAUUUAAGGGAUCACGGGAUUGAAACGUUCUUGAUUAAAGAACAAGAGCCAUGUCGAGGUCACCGAAAGCUACAGAAAAUUAGUUCUUCGAGACCACGUUUAUGGUCGGAUGAGAAAUUGUGUUUCAACUCCAAUGUGCAGAAAUUAAUUUCGCCGAAAAUUGAGGAUUAUAUCGAUGACAACAAAUGCAACGAAUGGACACCAGAAAUACCAUUUGAAAAUUUAAAUACAAGUGAUCAAGAACUGGAAAUCGAUGACGGUGAAUGUGGUACUCCUAUGACGAUCGAAGGAGACGUAGAACAUGCCGAAGAUAUUAUGGAUCACUGUAUCGAAGUCGAGAGUAAUGAAAGAAUGAGAAACGAAAACAUAGAUCGAUGGACUUUAAGGUUCAAACAACCAGAAAUCGAAACUAAAUUUUGUCAGUUACGAGAAGACAUGUUUAAAUCAAACAUGGCUUGUUGUUUUAUCAUAUGGUUGUUGGUCGUAUGUUGUCAAACGAUCAUGUUGCCCCGAUGUAUGAAACUGUUGGUCGCCUUGGCAUUCACCACCGUUGUGCUUUGCGCUGCACUGACUCUUGUCAUGGCAGAAGAGUUCAUGCACUUGCCGUCCGCUUUGCAAAGGAUGUCCUCAGUAUUGGUGCAAAACCGGUUCAGGCGGACAAUGUUCAUUUGUGCUGUAGUCGGACUUAUAUGUUUUUCUUCCACUCUGAGUCUCCUGUUUACGCCCGAUGAGCACCUAAUCAGGAAGGAGGACGACUCUAAUGGCGACGACGGCAGAAGGACAAAACGGCGGACCGAAGAGUCCAACGACUGUGUGCACCCCGAGUACUUGGUAUUCACGUGGGUCCUGUGCCUAAUAGCCUUGGCCACCACGCUCAAGCUAUAUUUCCUGGUCAAGACUUUCCUGGCGUCCAUCAUGGUGGCCGUGUACACGGGGCUCACGUCGCUGGUCUACCCGCAGGUGUUCUCGCAGACGGACACCGAACACCGGACCAUGCCGCUGUCGUCACAGAUGCUGUUGCUGUUGAUCGUGUUCCUGGUGCUGGUGGCUUAUCACGCCCGGUUGGUAGAGGUCACGUCCCGGCUGGACUUCCUGUGGAAACGGGAAGCCGAACGUGAGCUGACCGAAAUGCGAGAGACCCGCACCAACAAUCGGCAACUGUUGCGCAAUAUACUGCCCGAUCACGUCGCCCACCAUUUCUUGUCGUCCUCGCGCAGGCACACUACAGACGAACUGUACUCGCAGUCCAUCGACAAGGUUGGCGUUAUGUUCGCAAGUAUACCGAAUUUCACAGAAUUUUAUUCGGAAGACAUAAACAAAGGCAUGGAAUGCAUCAGGUUGCUGAACGAAAUCAUAGCCGACUUCGAUGAAUUGUUAUCGGAAACGAAAUUUGGUUCGAUUGAAAAAAUCAAAACCGUCGGUGCUAGUUACAUGGCCGCAUCCGGAUUAAAUCCUAGUGUUAAGGACGGAGAAGACGAAUACGGUCACCUUUGCGCUCUUGUCGAUUUCGCAUUAGCUAUGAAACAAUGUUUACAAGAUGUCAAUGUGCACUCGUUUAAUAACUUUCAGCUCAGGGUUGGAAUAAGCUGCGGUGCCCUAGUGGGAGGAGUCAUCGGAGCUCGGAAACCCGUGUACGACAUAUGGGGAAACACCGUGAACGAGGCUUCCAGGAUGGAUUCCACGGGCACCAUGGGCCGGAUACAAGUACCCGAGAGCACGGCCAAGAUCCUGAUGGACCGGGGUUACGAGACGGAGUUCCGGGGCUCGAUCGCGGUCAAGGGCAAGGGCGAGAUGAAAACGUACUUCGUGGUGGGCAAAAAAGGAGCCGUGGCGAACAGCCUGAGCCGGCAGUCCAGUCAGAUCAGCAGCUUGGCGACCGUCGUCUACGGGAUGGUGCAAGCCAGACGCCGGCAAAACACAGUAAAAAAAAGACAUUUUCAUCAUGUUGCAGGCAACAACAACCUGACGCGUACCAAGUCGCAAUACCACCGCACGCACCCCGGCCGGUUGGUGAACUUCAGCAGUUUUCGCGUGUCCAACCGGCACCAACAACACCCGCAGCAACAGCAGCAGCAGCAACAAAACACGUGCCACGACGGUGCCGGCGGCGGUGCGAGCGCCGCGGUGGCCAGGGCCGUGGCGGCCGGCGGCAGUCGCCUGCUGUCGGCUUCGGCUUUCGGCAACACGCUGCAGCAACACCGGCAGCUGCAGCAACAGAAACGCGACGCGGCAGCGCAACAGCUGCAGCUGCAAUGCGAGGGCGGUACGUCGGCGGUUGCGCGAGCCGACUCCCGCAAGAGCCACCGCAAGUCAGCCGCCGGCACCACAGCCUCCGCCGCAGCCGGUACGUCGCUCAGGUACUGCAAGUCGGUGUCGCCCAUCGCCGAGAAACCGCCGGCACGCCAAAGCCCGCCCAGGUCGGUGUCCAUGAACCUCCAGCCCCGUAACUUCGCGGCGGCCGACUCGUGUCUGAGGUGA